CUCCAUUACUUGCACCAAUUGCUCCAUCAUUCACACACAAGUUGAACUUCGCAUUUUACCUUUUGCCUUACUUUUCCGAACCGAUUCUUGCAUAACUACAAAUGCGCUUUCUUUAUCUUAGCCUCCUGCUCUGUGUUGCGCAAGCAUUUAUCCCGACGUUUCUAGCUGACCCUGCAACUAGAGACCCUAAGAAUAAUCCUGCGCUUGAGCGAAGGGAAAUCGUCCCUCCUGUCGAGCAACAAACCGACACCUCAACAACUCCCGCACUGACCAGUGACCACUUGCCGCGACAUGAGCUGCAAGACCGGGAUAUCACUGCGGUUCAUAAGAACAUAGGCGAGAGUGAUAGCCAUGAACCUCCUGGGAAUGGGCAAGGACACACCAUCGCCCGUCGGGAUGCCGUCACUUACAUCGCUGUGGUCAAGUAUGGUUAUGAAAUUGAGAAGUUCCGAGACUUCUUGAAAACCAAAGCGGAAGACGGCAAUGACAUCUACCAGAUCGGACCGGAUGACAAGAUCCUCGGGUACGGGAAUGUUACUUUGACUCCGAGUUCGAAAGCCGACGUAGAGAAUUAUGAAGGCACUCUCGGUCUGCUGGAGGAUCUUCCCGUGACAUUUCAUCGAGCCGUGCAAACGAAAAGCGCGUCUUUCGAAGUUCACCCGAGCGCCGACUCAUACGAGAACAGCGGCAAACUCUCACGCAGAGCCUAGAAAUGGAAGGCCCAAUAUCCCGCGGACGACGCUUUGGUGAUGGAUAGUGAGUAUGAGUAAGUCGGAUGUGGUGUCACAUGUCUUCUUGAACUAAUCAAAGGGCAC